AUGUCUGAAAAGGCCCCUGCCACGGCCGAAAAGGCACUCAGCCCUAAAUCAGAGACGCCAGCCCCUCAGCCAGCACGCCAGAAAUGGUACGAGUGGUUUGCACCGACAGAUACACCCGCUGAGCGACGACUAAUUCUCAAGCUCGAUGGGUUAAUCAUCGUCUUCGUCUUCCUGGCAUACUGGGCCAAAGUGCUGGAUUCGUCGGCAACUAGCACCGCCUAUGUUAGUGGAAUGAAGGAGGAUUUGAACCUAUACGGAAAUCAAUUAAAUUAUCUCCAAACGGUCUACAUGGUUGGCUUCAUCACGAUGCAGAUCCCUUUGACUUUACUGAUGACCCGCUGUCCGGUAAAUUAUUUCCUUCCGGCCGCGGAUCUCCUCUGGGGCGUCUUCACCCUGGCACAGUACAAAGCCAGCAAUGUCACUCAACUUUAUGCCCUGCGCUUCUUCGUCGGAGCUCUGGGUGGAUUCUUCUUCCCAGCCGUCCAAUGGUACCUGGGUAGCUGGUACAAGAGCUCUGAGUUAUCCCGCCGCGGCGCCAUCUUCUUCAUCGCCAGUCAAGUGGGCAGCAUGAGUUCCGGAUAUAUCCAGGCAGGAGCAUACGCCAGACUGGAUGGUCGGUACGGAAUUGAAGGCUGGAGAUGGCUGUAUAUCAUCUGCUUCGCCUGUACAAUCCCAAUCGCACUCUUAGGCCUCUGUCUACUCCCCAGCACGCCAGACACGUGUACCUCACGAUUCCUGACUGCCGAUGAGAUCCAACUCGCGCAAGAGCGCAUGGCGUCUGAAAAUCGCGAGGCCCGACAGCCUUUCACCAGAGGCAAGAUCUGGCAAAUUCUGAAGGGUUGGCGAUUAUGGAUUCUCGUGACAUUUGCAUUUUUCUUUUCGCAGGCCGAUGGCGUAUCCUCAAACAGUGGCUUGUCACUUUGGCUCAAGGCCGAGGGAUACUCGGUGGAAGGUAUCAAUACCAUCACGACGGUUUCGCCCGCUGUCACCAUCGUCGCAUCAGUGGUGUGUGCUGUCUUUUCAGACAUAUACGAUGCAAAAGCUAGUUUGAUUGCCGUGACAGCCCUGCUGAACAUCUUUGCUUGUAUCGUGCUGGCGAUCUGGAAUGUCCCAGUUGGACUGAAGUUCUUCGCCUUUUUCCUGUCCGGCACAGCCGAUGGAAUUGCGGCUAUUAUAUACGCCUGGGCGAAUGAGAUCUGCUCGCAUAGUGCUGAAGAGCGCGCGAUUGUGAUCAGUGCUAUGAACACCAUUGGAAAUACCUUUGGGGCAUGGAUUCCACUCUUUGUGUGGAAGACUGUCGAUGCACCACGUUACCUGAUCGGAUAUAACUGGACCAUCGCACUCGACGUGUGCAUGCUAGUCAUGUUGGCGGUGCUCGUUCAGUUCUGGGCUCGCGAGAAGAAGCGAUCGCUCGCAUAG